AUGUGUGAUCAGCCGAAGAACUCCAAACAAGCUAUAACGCAAAGAAGCAGAGAUUCGGAGGAUCGAGACGCGGAGGGCUCCGGAUAUCCGUUUUCCCUCUACAAAGCAAUGUCCAGCAAGGUUGAUUUGCUUCGAGCUCGAUUCUCCUCAGAAAAAGUGCUAAGUGUGACGAAUGGAACUCCUAUCAAGGCAUACCUCCUGCCUAGUACUGACGCCCAUCAG